UUUACAUUUAGAGCUGUUUGGUUCAGAACAGAGAUAAGAAAGUGAACUGUACAAUCGGUUUGAAUGUAUUAAUUAUUUGAUGCAAUUUGGUGCUUGAUGUCAUUAGAAUUACAAUACAAAUUUUUAUGUAAUUGAAACGAAACAGAAGAAAUCCUCGGUAAUGCAUGAAUGUUAAUAUUGACAAUAAGUGAAAUUGUUAUAUAUUAAUUAACAAAAGUGUAUGACUCUUCAGAAGAAAGGUCAUCUACAUUGAAUAAAUUUAUUGAUGACAUUGCAUUUCAUAUUUAUAGCAAGGCAAUAUUUUUUUAAUAGAAUGCCUUACUAUGCAGUUGCCAAAGGUCGAAAAUCUGGAAUUUAUGCCACAUGGGAUGAAUGCAGUAUUCAGGUUCUUAAAUUUCCUGGAUCUAUAUAUAAAAAAUUUGCUACAGAAAGUGAGGCUCAAAAUUUUAUAAAAGAACGUUCUUCUUCAAACAUAGGACCAAGUUUGACCAAAAAUUGUAUCUCAUCGAAAAUGGUUAAACCUGUAGAAGCGCAAGUUCUACCAAAACAAAUGUUUCCGCUUGGAAGUAAACAAACUGCAGUAGCUCAGACAAAAUUAAUAUCAUCAUUUUCAAAAAGGACUUUAUUAACAAAUAGCGAUACUAAUGAACAACCAAGUAAAAAAAGAAAAAUUACAUCAAAUGCAGACUUUAUUUUCACUGAAUCUUCUGAUCAGGAUAGCAAAGUGGAUUUUAUCAUGGAUGAAAAUGGCUAUGUUAAUGUUUUCACUGAUGGUGCAUGCAGUUCUAAUGGAUACAAGAACGCGCGAGCCGGUAUCGGCGUUUGGUUUCAAGACAAUCAUCCAUUAAAUGUAUCUCGACCAGUGGAGGGACGACCGACUAACAAUAUGGCAGAAAUCCAAGCCGUCACAGUAGCUGCAAGGCAAGCUAAAAAGGCAGGUAUAAAAAAGCUCAAAAUCAAUACCGACUCGAAAUUUCUCAUCUCUUGCAUCACGCAAUGGAUGCCAGGUUGGAAGAAAAGAGGAUGGAAGACAGUGGAUAACAAGCCAGUUAUAAAUAAAACGGAAUUGUUGGAAAUGGAAAGAGAACUGAAAUCGCUGACUAUUGCUUGGAAUCAUAUAAAUGGACAUGUAGGAAUUCAUGGUAAUGAAAUGGCAGACAAGCUGGCGAGAAAGGGCUGCUUACUGUACGAAUCAAAAUGAAUAAUAAAAACAAAUAUGUAAUAAAAAUAUAAAGAACAUCCUCCUUUAAUUUUUGAAUUAAUAUAUCCUCUUAUAAGAGAGAAUGAAAUUAUUCACAGAUUAUAUUUUACUUUUGUAUACAUAUACACUGUAAUUAGACAUUAUUUUGUGAAAUUAAUAAUCAAAUAUAUGAAAUAUUUAUUCUGAUUGAGAAAUAAACUCUUAAUGAAGAA